CAACAGGAUUAAGGUCACAUCCAGCAUGCCUCCACCAAUAGUCUCUGUCAUUCGCCUCCAAACCCGGAUAUAAAGCACGAGGGACGGGCUGUUCGCCUUCCUGCCGACUUUUCCUCACCACAAAGGCAACCUUUCUGCAAAAGACUCUGUGCUAUUCUCUACCACUGCGCUUGAGGUAGUCUAGCAACAUGUCUGCACCACCAGACGCCUCACUUGCUCCCAAAGGAGAUCUCCAAACCGUCAUUCAGGCCGACUCUCAUGACGGAGAGACCAUCUCCGAGGCGGAAGCCCUGAAGAAGCGCCGCACUCUCUCGGACCUUAUCACAAUUAUUGCCAGUGGCUUUGCCCUGAUCAGUGAUGGAUACCAGAACAACUUGAUGACGAUGGUCAACGUGCUGCUUGCCAGUCAAUACAAGGAGCAGUACACCUCAGCUGUCAAGACUCGGGUCUCCAACGCUCUUUUGGUCGGUGAAGUUAUCGGUCAGAUUGUUAUUGGACUCACCUGUGAUUAUCUCGGCCGCAAGGCCGCUCUGGUGUUUACAACAGCUAUGAUUGUGGUCGGAGGAAUAUUAGCCACCGCAUCGAACGGGUACACUAUCGACGGAAUGUUCUGGAUGAUGACGGUAGCGCGUGGUAUCGUUGGUUUCGGCACCGGUGGUGAAUAUCCCGCUUCAUCGACAUCAGCAUCCGAGGCCGCCAACGACCUGACCCCCAAGCAACGCGGGCCGGCCUUCAUCAUGGUGACCAAUUUCCCUCUCUCGUUUGGCGGGCCAUUCGCGGUCGCGAUCUUCCUGAUCGUCCUCUCCGCCUGCCACCAGUCGCACUACAGCACCGUCUGGCGCGUUUGCUUCGGUAUUGGCUGUAUUUGGCCGUUGUCUGUCUUCUACUUCCGGUUCCGGAUGAUGAACUCCGCCCUCUACCGCCGCGGCGCGAUCAAGAAGCAUGUCCCCUACAUCCUUGUGGUCAAAUACUACUGGAAGUCUCUGAUUGGAACCUGCGGAGCCUGGUUCUUGUACGACUUUGUCACAUUCCCUAACGGCGUCUUCUCCGGCACAAUCAUCUCCUCCGUCAUCAAAGACAGCUCCGUGAUGAAGACCGGAGAAUGGCAGCUUCUGCUGGGCGUGAUCGCUCUUCCCGGCGUCUUCCUCGGCGCCGUUCUGUGCAACCGCGUCGGGCGCAAGAACAUCAUGAUGAUCGGAUUCACCGGCUACCUGGUGUUCGGCCUGAUCAUCGGCUGUGCAUACGAUAAGAUCACCAAGAUUAUCCCCCUAUUCGUGAUCUUCUACGGGUUGAUGCAGAGCUCCGGGAAUUUCGGUCCGGGGAAUAUGCUGGGCCUGCUCUCGUCGGAGAUGUACGCGACCGGCGUGCGGGGCACGUGCUAUGGUAUUUCGGCUGCGUUUGGCAAGGCAGGCGGUGCGAUCGGGACGCAGGUGUUCACGCCGAUAGAAACCCAUCUGGGCAAAAAGUGGACUUUCAUCAUCGCUGCGAUCUGCGGUGUGGUCGGGGUGCUGGUGACGUACUUUUUCGUGGAGGAUAUCUCCGGGGAGGAUCUGCGGGUCCGCGAUGAGGAGUUCCGUGCUUAUCUGGUUGCGCACGGUUGGGAUGGGGAGAUGGGCGAGGACGAUCUUAAGGCAGUUGCAGACGAGGGGAUUCCUCCUGCUCUGUUUGAAGCAAGCAAGGUUGCCCACUGAUUGGCAUGAGACAUGAUAUAUGAGCAAAAGUCUAUUUGGCUGCGUUGGCGUAAUUGUGAAUAAUAUUAUCUGUGUAGAUCGAUUUCUGUUCAAGUGCAUAUUCCAAUUCCUGAAUCGUCUCGACCCCCUUCAGCUAUUCUCCCUGUAUGCUGUCCUGACCAGAUACGCCAGAUGUUCCACCUCGUGCUU